AUGGUUCAAAGAAAGGUCCCAAACAAUCUUAGUAUCCAAACACAACAUGUUAAAUUUGACAAAUUUCCCACAAACAUGAAACUAUCUUCUUCAUCUUCUCAUCAACAAAACCAAGAUGAUAAAAGUAAACUUUCUAAGAAAAUGAAGAAAUCAAACUCAAUCAAACUCUCUCAUCUUGAGACUCUUCAACUUCAAUCAACACCAAUUUCAACAAAAACAACAACAAAAGAUGGUUCACCAAAUUACAUGAAGCACACAAGUAGUUCACAAUCAAAAAAGGAACUUUUUCAUGUAAGUCUUAGAAAAACUCAAUCUUGUUCUGUUUCUAAGAAUCUUGAUACAAAAUUUUCAAGUGAUUAUUCAUGUAAAAAACCUAGUUUGUGUUUGGUUAGAACAUUAACAAAAACUACUAGUUUUAAGGGUUCUAGAAAUUCUCCUAGAAAAUCAACAAGGGCUACUUGUUCUUCCACUCUGAAAGACUCAAACUUUCCAUCAUAUCUUGAGCUUAAUCAUGGUGGAACUGAGUUAGAGGGAAGUUCAGUUAUGAGGGUUUGUUCAUAUAGUUAUUGUUCUCUUAAUGGACAUCAUCAUCAUCAUGGUGAUAAUUUGCCUCCUUUGAAGACUUUUGUGUCUUCGAGAAGGCGCGUAUUGAAGCGUGUGAAGCUCGAAGCGCUGAGUCCUCGAAGUCCUCGAAAUCGGAGAUUGAAGACGACGUGUGAGGUAGGAAAGAAGGACUGUGAUGUUGAGCGGUAUGUGUUUGAUGAAAAACCUGAAUGUGAUGAAAUUGGCAUGGAUUUCUUCAUUGAAAUUUAUGCUAGUGGAAAAAAAGAUGAGAAACCGAUAGGAGAAGAAGAAAUUGGAAAAAUCGAUUUUCUGGAAGAGGUUGAGGGUUAUGAAGAUAUCAUCAAGUCUACAAUUGAAGAUGAUGUCAUAGAAGCAGAUUUUCUGAAAGAGGUUAAGGAUCAAGAGAAACAUGAAGAUGCAGAUGCAGAUGAAGAAGAACAAUCUAGUUGGUCUCAUGAAGAAAUGAGUAUGGAAGAUGUUCACAAUAAUUUGGAUGAUUCUGAUUCCGAACGGUCCUAUGGAUUUGAGCAAGAACAUGAUGCUGAUUCUUCUGUUUACGCGGAUGAGGAAAAUGACUCGAAAGAUGAAUCUUUAUCUCAGAGUUCUCAUGAUGUAUCGGUGACAUGGUUAGACGAUAUCAUUAGCUGCUAUUACGAUGACAUUAUUUUGCUUGAUGAAACACUCAAAGAAUCCAAAUCCGAAGAAAUCAUCUAUCUUGAAGAACAACCUAAUGAUAGCAUGAUUAGUUUUGUCCUUGAUGACAAAAUUGGAUGCAACGAGACUCAAGAAAUCGAUGACCCUACCAGUGACAUUGGUUGUGACCGAUCUUCUUUGGCAGAUGAAAUAUUUGAUUACCUAACAAAUUCCGAAGAGAAAGUUGAUGAGACUAGUCAAGAGAACAAAGAUUUCAAGAGAGGGGAGAAGAACCAAAUUCAACUGUCUCCGAAUGAAUUUGAACUUUGUCCCUUGAAGCAAACGAUCACAGACCAAACUCUUACCGCUGACGUGAUAACUCGUGGACAGGACGACCAUAUUCCGUUAGUCGAUGUUGUUGAAGAAAGCAUCAAAGAUAUUCAAAAUCAAGGCAAAGGUAAUAAAAGAUCAAGUUGCGUAAUCGAUGAAGAGGAAAACGCAAGAGAGGAUUGGAAAGGUGUGAUUAGAAGAAAGAGGUGUGUUGACGACGAUGAUGAAGAGACGAGGAAGUUCAGUCCAAGAGAUCCGAAUUUCCUUCCAUUGGUUCCUGAAAAAGAAAAAGAAAAAGUCGAUUUGAGGCAUCAAAUGAUGGAUGAGAGAAAGAAUGCGGAGGAUUGGAUGGUUGAUUGUGCACUAAGGCAAGUUGUUAACAAGCUUGCUCCUGCUAGGAAGAAGAAGGUUGCAUUACACAUUCAAGCUUGCCGCUGA